GAAAAAUGUUUCAAUUAGUUAAUCAAAUCGCUGAGAAAAAGGUUAUCUUUGUGAUUAGCAAGUUCGAUGAGAUGAUCGAGUCACAUAUUCGAGGAUCUAGAACUUUUUAGAACUUGGAGUGUCUCGAUAAUUCCAAUAGAUGGAAUUGCUUGAUAUUCACUCCCUGUAUCAACUCAACUCCCACUUUCUCACCAUCUUGCUGAUCAAUAAUCAUCCGCAUCUUUUUUUCAUCCUUUUCCUUUUUCUAAUCUUCUAUUUUCACUCCUUUAUUUUCAUUUUCCAAUCGACUUUCAACCUUCAAUUAGUUGAGAAAUCGUAUCAUCUAAUUGGAAAUUAAAAUUCACUAAUCAUUAAUUGUCAUGUCGAUAUGUUUCCUUGAUAAUCACCAAUCUAAAUUUUGGUCAUUUAAUUGAACCUUUAACUAUGAUUUUGUGAGAAGAUUUUUUUAUCUUAUUCAAUGUUUUUCAUUUCUGUGAUUGUGAUUAUUUUUAUUUCCAGUAAUUAGUAUUUUAUUUAAUUGUUUUCUCAUGAUUAAAAUGAAUUCGAAUCAUCGAUUUAUUUAAUUUAACUGUGAUUUUUUUUAAUUAAGUUCAAUUUACAAUUCAUUUGCAUUAGUUCAAUGAUUUGCUAUCAAAAUUUUCUCGUCCUCUUCUCAUUCGGUCUUCUCUUGACCUUGGGUCAUUUACCGAUCUAUUCAUCGCAAGCUUGUUAUAAAUUUACGUCGAUCAGCGGAGAUCCUUGCAGGUCACUUGAAUGCUCCUUCGGCGCUGAAUGUAUUCGUACCAAGGAUGGUAAAAGAGCGGAAUGUGUCUGCCCCGAAAAGUGUUACACUUAUGGAGACUCCGUUGGUUCAAGGCCAGUUUGUGGUUCCGAUGGUCGAGAUUAUCCAAAUGAAUGUGAACUACGACGGAAGGCUUGUAAUUCCAGUAAAGAAAUUACCGUUAAAUUUCAAGGAAAAUGCGAUCCUUGUGAUGAAGUCCAGUGUCCAGCCUCUCAGAUCUGUCAACUUGAUGAUAAUCGAAAUCCGAUCUGUCGCUGUAAUGCUAUUUGUCCACAAGAAUUCAAACCCAUUUGUGGCUCCGAUGGGAAAACUUAUACCAAUGAGUGUAUUCUUAGAGUUGAGGCUUGUAAGGCUCGAAAAAGUCUUCGAAUUUUGUACAAUGGCGAAUGUGGAUCUGGGCGAGCGGUAAACCCAUGCGAAAGUUUAAAGUGUAAUGUUUACCAAGAGUGUGACAUUGAUCGCUAUGGAAUCGCCAGUUGUGUCUGCCCUCCAUUAUGCUCACAGAUCAUGAGUCCCGUUUGUGGUUCCGAUGGUCAUACAUAUGACUCAGACUGUGAGCUGCGUCGUGAAGCUUGUUUACUCCACAAAAAUGUGACACUAAUUUACAAAGGGCUUUGUGGUGAAGACGGAGCUUGUAAUGGGUUUAAAUGUGAAUUCGGAUCGAUUUGUGUUGUCCAAUCAACAAAUUCCCAGCCAACCUGCGAGUGCCCUUCAUGCACUGAAGAGUACAAACCAGUUUGUGGAUCCGAUGGGAUAUCGUAUUCUAAUGAGUGCAAAUUGCGUCGGGAAAGUUGCGAACAACAAAAGUCAUUAAAAGUCACUUCUCAAGGAUAUUGUAAUGGUUGUGAAGGCAUCAAAUGUGAUUAUCAUUCUGUUUGCCAAAUCGAUUCCAAUGGCCAUGGAAAAUGUAUCUGUCCAAACAACUGUCCACAUAUCAAAUCUCCAAUCUGUGGAUCAGAUGGUGUUUCUUAUGCGAACGAGUGUGAACUUCGAUUAGCCUCUUGCACCAAGAAGGAAUUCUUGACCAUCGCUUCUAAAGGUCCGUGUGACAUUUGUUUCAAUGUCCAUUGCAAAUAUGGAGCUCGAUGUGAGGCUGGUCUUUGUGUCUGUCCAUCGGAAUGUCCACAAACUUAUGAGCCCGUUUGUUCAACCGAUGGACUGACCUAUGUGAACGAGUGUCAAAUGAGGAUCAACGCUUGUCAGAAAAACAUUGAACUUGGCAUCUCCUUUUACGGGGAAUGUCAAGAUAAGGGUGGACCCGAAAGUAUUGGAACUGGAAUUGGUUAUAUUAAAACCUGUGAUCAUAAUACUUGCCGUUUCGGUGGAGUCUGUGAUUACGAUUCUGAGGGUGUCCCACACUGUAUUUGUUCAUACCAAUGUCCGACACUUUCGACACCCGAUGAGUCCGUUUGUGGGUCAGACGGUCGUCUCUAUGAGAACGAGUGUAAACUCCAAGAAGAGGCAUGUCGACGUCAACAGGAAAUUCAACCAGCUCUUAAUCGUCUCUGUGAGGAUAGUAAACUUUUACCAUGCGAGGGUGAGCCUCCCCUGAUUAAUCCGACCACAGGUCGAGAAUAUUAUUGUGGCGAUGGACCCGAAUCGAGACAAUGUCCACCCAACAGCUAUUGUCACAAGAGCUCACGAUUUGCUAAAUGCUGCAGAGAGAUUGCAUUAGUAAGAAGUUGCACCGACUCGACUUAUGGUUGUUGUUCGGACGGGGUCACUUCCGCUCAAGGUGCUGACCAAGCUGGAUGUCCAUCGGUCUGUAACUGUAACAAAUUGGGAUCGUACUCAUCCUCUUGUGAUCCAGUAACCAAACAAUGUCACUGUAAAGUUGGAAUUGGUGGCCUUCAAUGUGACCGAUGCGAACCAGGUUAUUGGGGACUUCAUAAAAUCUCAGAGGGAAACAGUGGUUGUAUUCCGUGUUCAUGUAAUAUGAAUGGUUCAGUUCGAGAUGAUUGUGAGCAAAUGACCGGUCGAUGUGUCUGUAAACACGGACUACAGGGUAUGAAGUGUAACGUUUGCCCUGAGGAAACGAUUCUUGACCAACAUGGGUGCAUUCAUGUCUCAUUGAUCAAGUUCUACUCCGGUUCAUGUGCUGAUAUGAAAUGUCGCUUCGGUUCGACCUGUGUAGAGAAUCCUGACAAAGGUAUUCAGUGUAUCUGUGCCAUGAGAUGUCCAGAGGUCACUUUGGGCCCUGGUCAUUUGAUUAGACGGACAUCGCAGGUCAUCUGUGCCUCCGAUGGAAGUACCUACCUGUCCGAAUGUCAGAUGAAAUUUUUCGCCUGUCGAAUGCAGCGAAAAAUUAACCUUGUCCAUCAUGGACAAUGUCGCACUUCUCAAGGUCCACCUUCGUCUUCGUCUUCAUCUUCUUUUACCUCUUUCACAUCUCCUCCUUCAUCAUUGUCCACUGAUGAUGAUUCAGUAACCCAAGGCCCCGCUCGCCGAUCAACAAUGUUCAAAACAACCUUACAAGAUACCGAUAAGCCAACUCGUGAAUUGUCCUUGAGCUUUUCCGAGCAGGUCAGUCCACAAACAACCAGUGCAACACCGACCGUUUCAAUGAAGCCCAUAAAGUUACCAGCGUUUGUUGGCGAUUCUCAUAUUGAGCUACCUCGACUUCAGGCCUACACCCGACUCUCAAUCGAAAUGGAAUUCAUUUCCUAUUCAGAAUCAGGAAUUUUACUCUACAACGGACAAACAGGAACCGGCGACGGUGAUUUUGUCUCACUCACAAUAAGAAAAGGUUUUGUUGAAUUUCGGUAUGACCUCGGAUCGGGAAAGGUCAUUCUUAAUUCGAGUAAACCGAUCAAAUUGGGAGAAUUGGUCAAACUGGUUGCAAAAAGAUACCUUAAAGACGGUAUUUUGACCGUCGAAGGGCAAGAUGAUGUGGCCGGGGCCAGUGAAGGUGAUCUUAAAAGUCUCGAUUUAGCGGAAAAUUUGUACAUCGGCCAAAUUCCAGGUCUAAACAGUAAAAUCUUGGAAAAUAUCGGAGUCAAAGAAGGAUUCAUUGGGUGCCUUCAUAGUUUCCGAAUUGGGCGGAAAGAUGUUGACCUUUCUUACCCCGGAUCUCGGGAACUUAUCAAAGUGACCGAUAUUCACGAUUGCAGUGAGAUGCCCUGUUUGUCCAAUACCUGUUCAAAUGGUGGAACCUGUUUACCUGAGGCUGGAUCGAGUUUCGGCUCCUAUGAGUGUUUAUGUCCACUUGGAUUUACGGGUAAAAAUUGUGAGGUCAAAAUGGACGUUUGUCUGAAUGAGAGCCCGUGUAUCAAAGGGUCGACUUGUACUCUACUACCUCGCGGUGGUUUCUCGUGUCUUUGUCCUCAAGGUCAAUCGGGUAAAAUUUGCUCUCAAAUACCACGUGAACUUGAAAACGCUUUUGUACCCGAUUUUUGGUCCACUUCUUAUAUGAUAUUACCUGCGCUCUCAAAUGUAGCCCAAUCCUUCGUGAUCGAAGUUUGGUUUUUAACUCGAGACUCAAAUGGCCUUUUACUGUACAAUGGUCAGAAUUCAAUCCAAUCGCGUGGAGAUUUUGUCUCGUUGAACAUUGUCGACUCUCGAAUUCAAUUCUCGUACAAUUUAGGAAGCACAAUACCGAACGUCAGCGGAGUGAUAACCUUAACAUCAAAGCGAAAAGUAUCUUCGGGCGAUUGGCAUUCAGUUCGGAUCACAAGAGAUCGGACAAAAGGGACACUUCAACUCGACGAUAGUUCAACAGAAUAUGGUCAAGCCAAGGGUGGACUAAGUGAACUAAAUCUCGAUCAACCCUUGUACAUUGGUGGGAUACCCGAAAGUGUUAAUAUCAAUCGAGAAGUGAUCGGAACGACAGUCGCAGGUCUCAAUGGUGCGAUCCAACGGAUCGUCGUUAAUGGUGAAAUUUGGGACAAUUUAAUUGAUCGAUCAACAACCGUUAAUAACAUCGCUGAUUACACGGGUCCACCUUGUGGUCAGUCGAAUCCAUGUCCGAAUAAUGCAAUUUGCUUACCACAAUUUAGUGAUUAUCUUUGUCGAUGUGCAUCAACCAAUCGAUCACAAACUUGUCUUAAUUUAGUUGAGGCUCGAAAAGCGAUCAGCCUAAGAAAAGGAUUCGUAACUAGAGAUGUGACAAUUAGCUAAAUUGUUACUUAAAUUACAAUCGAUCAAUCAAUCAUCAUAAUCGUUAUCAUUAUAAUUAGAAUCAUAAUUUAAUUCUAAUUAUUUUUGUUUUCCUCAAAAUCGUUUAGUUCAAUUUUAUCAUAACAAUUUAGACAACCAGUCCAAUUGAUUAACUUUUUUGUUUGAUAAAUUGUCGAUUGUCAAUUUCAAUUGAUACAAUUAUUUAUCUUCAGUUAUUGUUAAUAGUAAUCAAAGUGCCUUAAUAUUUAUCAUGUUAUCAACAAUUUAACUGCCAAUUUAAUCAAUUAUUGUUGUUGA